ACACGCCCAUUUUUUUAAGCAAACUAGAAAUCCACAACUUCGACUGCAACAUAGCGCGCGUCAGCAUUGAAUGAACGAAUUAUGUAGCGCUUUCUAUUAACAAAUGUAUAAUACUUAACCGUUUAUAAGCAGUAGUGAGUGUGAUUGUGGUACGUAGUGCAUCCAAACGUCUAUUCGAUGGCGAAAAAGCCGAUGCCAUCUGAAGAUGCCACUUCGGAGGUUGCGGACUCGGCCCUGCCGGAGGACGCGCAGUCUCCGGAUUCUCCGGGAAGACAUGCCGUGUCCGUUCUAUUGUCUUUUGGGAAAUGCGUCGGUGCCUUACUGCCGGUCUACUUGGCUGGAUAUUUCGGAUUUAGCAUCAGUUUAGUUUUCCUCGGUCUUGUAGUUUAUACGGGAUGGAGACACAGCCGCGAUGGGAAGAAAGCGCGACUUCAAAGCGCGAUGUAUGUUUUGGAGAACGAGCAGGACGUCACAGCCACAAGGGUGUUUAAAACUAAACGCGAGUUACCUUCAUGGGUGAACUUCCCAGACGUAGAAAAGGUUGAGUGGAUAAACAAGAUAUUGCAGCAGGCCUGGCCGUUUAUUGGACAGUUUUUGGAGAAGCUGCUGGUGGAGACCAUUGCACCUUCAAUACGAUCUGCCAGCGCUCAUCUACAAACCCUUGCUUUUACCAAAGUUGACUUGGGAGACAGGCCCCUAAGAAUAGUUGGGGUAAAGGCCUACACUGAGCAUGAUAAGCGUCAAGUGAUACUUGAUUUUUAUAUCAGCUAUGCUGGAGAUGUGGAGAUUAAUGUUGAGGUGAAGAGGUACUUCUGUAAAGCUGGGGUAAAGGGUAUUCAGCUCCAUGGAAUGUUGAGGGUGAUCCUUGAACCCCUCAUUGGAGAUAUUCCUCUUGUUGGCGCUGUCACCAUGUUCUUCAUUCGCAGACCUAAACUUGACAUCAACUGGACCGGCCUAACUAAUUUAUUAGACAUACCCGGUUUGAAUGCAAUGUCGGACACUAUGAUAAUGGAUGCAAUCGCCUCUUUCCUGGUUCUCCCCAAUCGUCUCACUGUACCUUUGGUGGGCAACCUGCACGUAGCACAACUUCGUUCCCCUCUGCCACGGGGUAUAGUGCGUAUCCACCUGAUGGAGGCCGAAAACCUAGCUGCCAAGGAUAACUACAUGAAAGGUGUGAUAUCUGGGAAGUCUGAUCCGUAUGCACUGCUACGGGUGGGCACACAGACCUUCACUUCUCACCACGUGGACAACAACCUUAAUCCUCAGUGGAGAGAGAUGUAUGAGGUAAUUGUUCAUGAAGUACCUGGUCAGGAGUUGGAGCUGGAGGUGUUCGAUAAAGACCCUGACCAAGAUGACUUUCUUGGAAGGAUGAAGCUGGAUUUAGGUAUUGUAAAGAAAGCAGUAGUUCUGGAUGAGUGGUUCCCUUUGAAGGACGUUUCAUCAGGUCAGGUUCACCUCAGACUGGAAUGGCUCUCUUUAAUGGCAUCUGCAGAUCGCCUGACUGAGACGCUGCAGAGGAAUCAAAACAUCACUAUAGCCAGUAAGACAGCAGAUCCUCCAUCUGCUGCCAUUUUGACUGUUUAUCUGGACCGGGCCCAAGACCUGCCAUUCAAGAAAGGCAAUAAAGACCCCAGUCCCAUGGUGCAAGUUUCUAUGCAGGAUACAACCAAAGAAAGCAAGACGGCGUAUGGAACCAAUAAUCCAGUAUGGGAGGAAGCUUUCACGUUUUUUAUAAAGGAUCCACGCAAACACGAUAUUGACAUUCAGGUGAAAGAUGAUGACAGAGCUGUGUCACUGGGAAGUCUGUCUAUCCCUCUUUCCCGUUUGCUCUCCAGCACUGAGCUCAGCAUGGAUCAGUGGUUUCAGCUAGAGAACUCCGGACCGGCCAGCCGUAUCUACAUUACAGCUUUGCUGAGGGUGUUGUGGUUGAAUGAAGACGCUAUCCCCACCACACCUGUGUCUCCAUUACCAGGAGAAGGGGAUAUUGAUUCAGAGGUGUCUCCUGGAAACAAAGUGAUCCCCACCGCGAAACGUCCAGAGCAAACCAGUCCAGACAGCAGCUUUGCAUCCGAGGGCGUUCUGCGGCUCCUUCUGGUAGAAGCUCAAAAUCUCAUCGCAAAGGAUAAUUUAAUGGGUGGCAUGAUGAAGGGAAAGAGUGACCCGUAUGUGAAGAUUCGGGUGGGAGGAAUGGCCUUCAAGAGUCAUGUCAUCAAGGGAAACCUGAACCCUGUCUGGAACGAACUUUAUGAGGUGAUCCUAACACAGCUCCCGGGCCAGGAGGUGGAGUUUGACCUGUAUGAUAAAGACAUCGAUGAAGACGAUUUCCUGGGCAGAGUCAAAGUGAGCCUUAGUGACCUCAUCAACGCACAGUUUACUGAUCAGUGGUAUAAUCUGAAUGAUGUGAAGUCCGGACGACUUCAUUUGGUGAUGGAAUGGGUGCCGAAGGUGUCAGAUCCUACUAGACUUGAAAAGAUCCUGCACUAUAACUCGCUGAAGUCUUACCAGAAUAAAACUGUACCGUCUGUCGGACUGCUGUUUGUGUACACUGAGAGAGCACAUGGUCUACCUUUAAAGAAGAGUGGAAGUGAGCCGAAAGCGGGAGCAGAGCUAUCAAUCAAAAACGUAUCCUACCGCACCAAAAUUGCAAAUCGCUCAACUUCUCCACAAUGGGAUGAGGCUUUUCAUUUCCUGAUUCAAAAUCCAAGAGAAGACAUUCUUGUAGUCAAACUCUCUCACAGCUGGGGUCAGCCUCUGGGGUCUCUUGUGCUUCCAGUCAGAGAGGUUAUGGAUGAGAAGGAUAUGGUACUGGACCGCUGGUUUAGUCUGGAUGGAGCCAUGCCUGAGAGUCAGGUUCUGCUGAGAGCUCAACUCAAGCUCUUAGACAGCAAGUUGGCCCUGUGUAGUGAUGUCACAGCCAAUGCAGAGGAAGUGAGUCACAUGAUUCCAAGUGGAGAGGCGGCUGCUGCAGCCAAUAGUGAGCUCAGACACAGAACUGUGCCUGCCCAGGGAAGUGAGGAUGCUGGUGCGAGUGGGAAAGCCCAGGUGAAGCUCUCCAUUUCCUAUUCAUCUGGGGAAAACAGACUGGUUAUUAACGUCCAUGCCUGCAAGAACUUGCCGUCUUUCUCCAAAGAUCCUCCAGAUGCUUACAUCUCAUUGAUUCUUCUUCCGGAUAAGAACCGGAUUACCAAAAAGAAGACCAGUGUUAAAAAGAGGAACCUUAACCCUGAAUUCAAUGAGAGAUUUGAUUUUGAGAUGUCACUUGAAGAGGCUAAGCAGAGGCGCAUUGAACUGUUUGUCAAAAACAGCAUUUCAUUUAUGAGUCGUGAUAAAGAGCUUAUUGGCAAGGUUCAGGUGCAACUGAGUCAGCUAGAUCUGAAAGCAGGAUUAACACAGUGGUAUGACUUGUCGAAGGAGAUCCACUGAAUGGCACCUUGUUGACCUAAUCCUGAAGUCAUAGAAGGUCAUUUGCUUUAUUCAGAUGUUUACUUAAUACCCUGAUGUUUGCAGGGUCACAGUGUUUCAACAGUAAAGUGUCUGAUGUGUCAGGACCGUAACUGUGUUGUGCGCCAAAAAAGAUUCCCGUUAUACAAAGGGAUAAGAGAGCACCUUGAAACAACAUGAGAACAUGUUGAUUUUUUUGUUGUUGUUUCAUUUAAGUUAAUUUUAUGUAUUUUAUAUGUAGUAUGCUUUUUAUCUCCUGCAGCGUCAGGUUGUUACAAAUGUCACUUUGUGUGUCAUUGAAAAUAUGCCAAUGAGAAGUUGCAGCUUUACUUUUUAGGCUUUUUUAGUGUUUAUUGUGUUUUGUUCCAACAUUUCAAUGAGAGAUUAUUUAACUGUUACGUCACAUAUAGGUCAACGGGAUUUACAUAAAGAAACUUAAGUAUUUUGUGCUUUUUUUAUUUAGCAGAAGGAAGUCAUAGAAGAAAUGAUUCAUUUUUAUUAUUUCCCUUUUUAGAAUCUAUAACAAGAACUGUUUCAUGAUCUCAUGUUUUUAUUCAAAAUAUUUUUAUCACUAUGUGAAGUUUUUCCUUUUCCAAAGAUUGAAAUGUCUAAUGUAAUGUGUAUAUGUGUCAACCGAAAACCAGCAUGAAUAUUCAAGUUGUACGUCUCUGAUCGAGGGACAUCUACUCGAAAAUGUUACAAAAAUACUUGAGUUGUGUUCUUCUAGAAAAGAAAAGAGUUUCUUUCAUGAUGCAAAUGACAAUGUAUUGCUUCUGCACUCAAUUACUCAGAGCUUGUUGUAAUAAAUACGCCAAUUGCACUUUAAA